CCUUCGCCUCCUUGCUCACAGCACACGAUCCUUCAGCAGACCUGACGACCUGCGGGCUCCGUGGUAGCACCUUGGAGCCGUAGCAGCAAGUCUUGCAGGCAACGUCUACAAAUUUCUAUAGUCUUCGACGCUUUUCGGACUUCUCAUCAAACGGCAACAUGUCCACAGCACCACCGUCAUCGGAGGUCAUCGCUACUGCCACACUUCGACUGUGCGGUAGCGCUAGCAAUCCGACCAUCCGAUAUCAGCUACUCAAGGACACGAGUGCCAUCAUCACCGAGAUAGGCUUACUGUCGGACCUCGGAUCUGAUGGCACUGUAUACUUCCCGCUCUUCCACGCAGAGCAAGAGCCAUGCACCGUUCACCGUCCGCUUCAAGACCUUCUCCACAUCUGGCGUCCCGACUUAAUCAACGAAGCCGUCUUUUGCGUCCAUGUGUACAAGCGACUGCACGAGCUGACUGACGAAGACAUUUCGCAGGCAGAGGACGAAGUCAGUAGUCGCAUCGGCUCGCUAUCGCCGACAAUUGCCGCCGAGGCGAGACAGAAGCACGUUGACCUCGCACCUGUUGUAAACAUUCUUUCUGCUCACGGUAAAGCGCCUCCAGUCGGCAAUUUCGCUCCUGUAUCAGACAUGCGUCCGCGAGGUCGCAAAGCGCCUCAGAGCACCAUCAAAGCGAUACGAGACAGCGGCAACAUCAAGCAGGAAAGCCACAGCGUGCCUCGAGGCACCAGCAGAUUGCUGAAUGAUACUGUCCUUGCCUGCCACAGUUCGGCCGAGACCGACGACACCGAAGAGGUUGACGACGACGAGGUUCAGGUCGCACUGCAGUUCAUCCUCAACGACCAACCCAUGCUCAAUUCGAACACAUGGCGGCCUACCAUCCUAACUGUGCCCGGCUCCAAAGAAGUUGCCAGCUUGCCGGAUCAGAUUGCUAUUCGUAUGCGCCAGAUCGCAAGUACGGAGGAAGCUCUCGUAUUGCAGCUUGCCGGCGGCGGUCUCAUAAUGGGCUUCAAUGUCUCGCUUCAGCUCAGUGAUGAGACGUCACAUCUCGUUGACUUCGAACAAGGCAGGAUACUCAUUCAGACAGUUUCAGAUCUGUUUCCGGCAAACACUGAGCGCAGAGUCACCGCGAAGAUCACCAUCCUCUUCGCGGGCACCGAUCAGCCGUUCUUCAAUCUGGACCAAGCGAUCAUGCCAGACGUCCAAUCCAUAUCACAGGUUUACCGUCUUGGCACCGUCAUCUCAGAUUUGUGGCAACCUCGCAACGUGAGGAUACCAUUCAAGACAGCCAUCGUUGGCGCGCUGAGCGACGAUAAGCAACUCCGUCUAGGUGGGGUUGCCCUCUGGGAGGUUAACGGGUUGAAUGUUGGACACAGCUACUCCGGCGAAAGCCUGCCCUUCAAGCUGUCCUAUGAGUGGCUCAAGAAAUACCACGGAGUCAGGUCGAUCCGUGAGCUGGAGGUGCUCGUCAAAGCUCACCGUGAGGACGACGACAAAGAAACACGAAAACAAGCUGUAACUACCCCGAGCUACACUCUUCGGCCGUGGCGAGUUGAAGAGAACGGCCCGAAAGUUCCGCUGCUGCAUGUCGCUGUCCACUGCGUCAACAUGCUCCCAGAAGUCAACCCACCACUUGUUUUUCCAGCUCCGACAAACAUGCAAUUCGAGCUACGGCCCGUCAACACCAACAUUCAUUCCGUCGAAACGAUGAUCUGCACGGAACUGAAGGCUACAGGAUCUCGAGAUCGAAGGACAACUGCACGCCUGUUCAAGGACGGGCAAGCAGAGGGAUGGAGGAUGGUGCUGUGGGUUCUUCCGCAGAGGCGAGGGAGGCAUACGAUGUUACGAUGGACUGAAGGCAAUUUGAACCGGUUUUUGAGAGCUGAUGCGGACGAGGUGGAUCCGAGACUGUAUCUGGAGGCGCAUUUGGUGGAGGGAGAAGAAGAGCACGGUAAUUGAGUGGGGCGGACGGAAGGUGUCCAGCGGCGACCGUUCGUUGGUGUUGUUGCGGCGGUCGCCACUUGUUGUAUGGUUGCUUCUUGUGGACGAUGUACGUCGUGGGCAGGCUACAGAAUUAAGCAGGCUUAUCAUUGAACAGAUUGCUUCCGUCAGCAAAAUCCACUAUCAUCGUACCUUAGUGUGCAAAGCUGAGGAGGUGAUACCGGCUCAUGCACAAAUAGAAGCGCCGGCAACACCCGGCGCUAGUACCACAUCGGUGUCAUUGACCAUUGGAGAUGCUUCAUAGGGAACCACGCUGCGAGGAGACUAUUCCAUCCGCGAGAAAUACCACAACAACCUGCGGGAUGCCUCCAAGCACAAUGGCGUGUUCGACCCGCUUCGGACUGGAGACUAUGAAGCGCACAGUACCGCGCAGGAGACACGUGCAUCCUUGCCUUACAAGCUCAAUACAACAGAAAA